ACCCUCAUAAGGUUAGGCAAGCAAUUUUCUCUUAUAAAACAUAUAUAUAUAGAAGAUUGAUUAGGCAUGAGCUCGGUCAGUCUCAAUUCUCAAAGCUCCUCGUGCAUGGAAAGCGAGAAGGCUAUUAUCACUGCUGGGCUGCGACCACUAUUAGCAUGCUGUCGGAGCCCACACUCUUGGCCCAGCUCAUCCAAUCCUACGCCCGAACUGCCAAACUCCACAAAGCCAAGCAGCUCCACGCCCGCCUCAUCCUCUCCGGCGCCGGCGCCGGCACCUCCUCCACCUUCAUCUCCAACCAUCUUCUCAACAUGUACGCCAAGUGCGGCGAUCUCCAUCACGCCCUCUCCCUGUUCGACGUAAUGCCUCAAAGAAACCUUGUUACUUGGACGGCCAUGAUCUCUGGUUUCUCCCAAAACCUGCACUUUCAUCGUGCUCUUCAGACCUUCACUUCCAUGUGUUCUUCCGGAUUGAAACCCACGCAGUUCGCGUUCUCCAGUGCGAUACAAGCAUCGGUCUCGUUUGGAUCACUGGUGUUCGGGAAGCAGUUGCAUUCCUUGAGUUUUAAGUCUGGCUACUCUCUCGAGCUCUUUGUGGGUAGCAAUCUCGCUGAUAUGUACUCUAAACUCGGUUCACUGGCUGAUGCUUGUAAGGUGUUUGAUGAAAUGCCUCUCAAGGAUGAGGUGUCUUGGAACGCCAUGAUUGAUGGGUACUCCAAAAAUGGAGACUUUGAGCAGGCUUUAGCUGCAUUUCGGAGCAUGUUCCGUGAGAACAUUGUCAUUGAUCAGCAUGUCUUAUGUAGUGCAUUGAGCGCUUGCGGAGGUCUGAAGAGCUCCGAAUUUGGCAGGUCUCUGCAGUCAUUGGUUGUGAAGUUUGGUUUCCAAAAGGAGAUAUUCAUCUGUAAUGCUCUCACUGAUAUGUACUCAAAAUCUGGAGACAUGGACAGUGCUUCAAGAGUGGCUGAAUUGGAUUCAGGGACAUGGAAUGUGGUGUCAUGUAGUUCUUUGAUUGAUGGAUAUGUUGAAUUGGAACAGAUUGAGAAGGCACUGAGUGUUUAUGUUGAAUCACGACGGCUAGGUGUUGAACCGAAUGAGUUCACAUUCUCCAGUAUGGUUAAGGCUUGUGCUGGUCAGGCAGCAUUGGAGCAGGGAACACAACUGCACUCCCAAGUUAUCAAAACCAACUUCAUUGAAGACUCAUUUGUUGCUUCAGCACUUGUUGAUAUGUAUGGCAAGUGUGGUCUUCUCAAUUCUUCAAUCCUAAUUUUCCAAGACAUUUCUAAGCCAACUGAGAUUGCCUGGAAUUCUAUUCUUGGCGUGUUUGCACAGCAUGGUCGAGGAAAAGAAGCAAUGGAGAUAUUUAACCAAAUGGUUUCACAAGGGAUUUCACCAAACCAUGUAACGUUUGUUAGCCUUUUGAUGGCAUGCAGCCACUCUGGUCUUGUGGAAGAAGGAUUAGAGUAUUUCAAUUCAAUGCAUGGUAAAUAUGGCAUGGAGCCUAAAGAAGAACACUACUCAUGUGUCAUUGAUAUGCUUGGCAGAGCAGGAAGGCUCAAAGAAGCCGAAAAUUUUAUCGGUAAAAUGCCAUUUGAGCCUAAUGCUUAUGGGUGGUGCUCAUUGCUGGGCGCUUGCAGGACACACGGAGAUAAGGCAUUAGGCGAGCUUGCAGCGGAGAAACUAAUUAAGCUAGAGCCCAAAAACAGUGGAAUUCAUGUCCUCCUAUCAAACAUUUAUGGCAAACUUGGUCAGUGGGAAGAUGUCAAAGCUGUGAGGAAACUAAUGAGGGAUAACAGAGUGAAGAAACUGCCUGGAUUCAGUUGGGUAGAUGUGAACAACAAGACCCAUGUUUUUGGAUCUGAAGACUGGUCACACCCACAGAUGAAAGACAUCAAUGAGAAACUUGAAGAGCUCUCGGUGUUAAUCAAGGAAGCAGGCUAUGUUCCUUUCACUGGCUCUCUGUCAUGCAAUGUAGAAGAGAGAUUGAAAGAAAGGUUACUAAAUUAUCAUAGUGAGAGAAUUGCAGUUGCCUUUGCACUGAUUAGCAUGCCAAAAGCCAAACCCAUCAUAGUUAAGAAGAAUCUAAGAGUGUGUGUGGAUUGCCACACUGCUAUCAAGCUCAUCUCAAAAGUGGUGGACAGAGAGGUCAUUGUGAGAGAUAAUGCAAGAUUUCACCACUUUUCAGAUGGGUUGUGUUCUUGUGGAGAUUUUUGGUAAUAUUCUUGAUUUAUUAUGAUGAAAUCA